AUGCAGAUCAUCUGGCGCCAUGUGCGCGAGUCUCGCCGCCUUGCGAGGAGACCUUGGCAGCUUUUGGAGCGCGCGCUGAAUUUGUGCUGCGUCUUUUUCGCGGUGCUGAUGCUUUGGAAAGGCUUAGUGCUGGUCACGAACAACGCAAGGCCAGUUCUGGUGAUUCUGAGCGGCGAUGGAACUGUCUUACACCGAGGCGAUCUCCUGUUUCUCUCUCGAUUAGAUGAGCGGCUCAGGGCUGGUGACCUCAUCGCGUUUCAACUCAAGGACCGAGAGAUUCCCAUUGUCCACAGGCUGGUGAAGCUGCAUGAGACACCUGCCGGAGAGAUGGCCGUACUCACAAAGGGUGACGAGAAUUUAGUCGAUGACAGAGGCCUCUAUCCAAAGGACCAGCUCUUCCUCAGCAAGAGAGACAUCGUGGGCCGUGUGCAUGCCUAUCUGCCCUACCUAGGCAUGGCCGUGAUCUGGUUGAACGACUACCUGUGGAUCAAGCAUGGGCUCGUUGUCGCCACGACUUUCUCCUUGUUGAUCGGCUGCGGAACUUGGCAAUGGCCAGUCGCCCUCCUCUUGUCGGAGAUGGUGAAGGGCGGCUUCUUUUAG